AUGUUUUCUGCUGAUACUGCUGAAUUCUGCGGAAUAACGAAUCCCAGUGGACUAGCUCCGUCUUGGGUGUUCCUUCGCCGACUCGACUCCGGUGUUGUUGUACCAAAAGCUUUCCCAGCAAAAAGAAUAGAAGAAUCAGGCGCAGUGACGAGGCCCUUCCCAUCACGCUCUCUUCUUUCGCUCUCUCGGCGGGGAGGAGACACGGCGGUUCAGCAGCAAGUGAUCAAGAGCUGGCGUCCCAGUUGCUGCUGCAUCUCCUUUCAAGCAAAUUUGGAUCAGCAUCUCUGUAGCUACUGUACUUUCAAGCAGAAAAACAAGAUGUCCCUCUCCUGUCAACACACCAUCCUAAAGCUCUUUGCAUCACUCUACGCUAAUCGGCCGGCCCUCAUCCCCACCACAGCACAUCCAUCCAACGAGCACGAUUUAUGGGGUGCCUGCCAGCGUCUCCUCAGCCCGGUGUAA